AUGAGCUUUCUCUACCCCUUUGCGCCUUCAGACAGUCAUCGACACAGCAGCAGCAGCGGCCGCCACGGCCAUAGCUCCAGUCAUCGGUCCCAUUCCAAAGAGCGCCGUCACCACCGAUCGUCCUCGUCUGUUGUUGGCUCCAGUUACGGCCACGGCCAUAGCUCUAGUCGCAGCCACCAGAACGGAAGCACUCGUCCUUCCGACAGCUCAAUCUUUGGCUUGGGUUCGCACGCAAACCGCUCAAUGGCUUCGUCCAUCUUCUCAGCCGGCUCGUCCUCUCGCCGCGCGAAACCCCGGGCGGGUUUCGUUCAUCGCAUGAUGCGCAAGAUCAAAAAGUUGUUUAGAGAUAUAAUGCAUUACAUGAAGAGACAUCCGAUGAAGGUUUUUUUCCUGGUUAUCCUACCCCUGAUAACCGGUGGAGUGUUGCAGAAGUUACUGUCGUCUGUAGGCAUUAGGAUACCGGGGCUGUCAGCGCUGUCGAAAGGUGGCGGUGGCGGUAGCCGUGAUCCCUUUAGCGGAGAAGGGUUAGCCGGUGGUGUCAGUGGAUUGAUGUCGCUGGCAAAGGCCUUUGCCUGA